AUGAAUUUAAUUGAAAGUGAACUUUCUUUAGAGAUUAGUCAAAAAGAAUAUACAAAUGAAACAAAUACUUAUCCGCAAAAUUCUAUCAUUAAAUACAAAGGUUUUGGUCGGAGUUUGAUAUAUAGAAUUAUUUCUGAAGGACAAUAUCCUUCAGAUAACAAGCUUGCUUAUACCAAAAAACCAGGUCAAUAUAAAAUACCAAAUAAUUAUAAAGUUGAAACUACUUACGGUAAACAAAUACAAAAAACUAUUCUUUGCUCAAUCAAAUAUCAUGGUCAAAAACCUGUAUUUCAUAUAAAGUAUGGAGAAAAUUUAGCUGAACAAGUUGAAUCUGAUAAAAGUGCAACUACGGCAGCAAAUGCAUAUCAAGCUGUAAAAUCUGAUAAAUUACCAUUAGCAGAAUUAAAUUCGGAUCAAAAAAUAGUUAAUAAUAAAGGAACAAAGUGGAAUGGAGCUCUUUUAUUUGGAUUACAAUUACAACAAAUAAAAGAAGUUCGUGAGGCCCGUCAGAUUGCAAGAGGAAUUAAACCAUAUUCAUUAUUAAGUAAUUCUGGACAGAAAAACCGUAGUAAAAAAGGAGCUUCAUCUUUUCAAAAUUCUUUUAAUGAAACUACUAAAACAGUAUUUCAUUCAGAUGAUCAUGUAGUUUUACAUGAAAUGGCUUUUUCAAUUAAUAGUAAUUAUUAUAGAUUUGUUUAUAAAAACAAUAAUGACUUAGAUAAUAGUAAAAAUUUUCGUCUUCAAGCCGUUGUACAUGCUAUGGAUCAUGAAAAAUUUUCACGAAAUGCUUAUAGAGAACUUGCUAGAAUAUGUCAUGAUCUUCCUCGUGAGUGGGCUGUAUCUAGUAUGAAACAAAAAAUUACAAAUGAAAUUAACAAUCAUAUAAAAACAACACUUUUUAAUCUUAAUAAUUUAGAACCUAAAAUUUUAGAUAACGAAAAUAAUGAGGAGCAUAUUACUGAUUAUGAAAUUAUAGAAACAGUUACAAAUUCAAUUGGAAAAGGCGCAUAUCGUUCAAUUAAAGAUAUUUUAAGGUAUAUGAUUCCGAUUUGGCUUCAAAAAAAAAUUUUAAAUUUAGAAUCACCUACUAUAUAUAUACGUAUUUCUGGAGAUGGACGCAAUGUAGGACGAAAAGUCAAUCAUGUUAUGUUCACAUUUUGUGUUUUAAACGAUUUAAAUAAUGUUUUUAAACCUGAAAAUCAUCAUACUUUAGUUAUUUACCCUGGAAUUGAAAAGUAUGAAAUUUUAGAAACAGCAUUAGUAUUAUUAAUCAAAGAUCUUGAGGAAAUAAGAAAUGAAUUUUAUGAUAAUGAAGGUAGAAAAUGGGCAAUUAAAUUGUAUUUUUCAGCAGACUGGAAAAUGCUUGCUUUGUGUCUUGGUCAUAAAGCAGCAAAUUCCGACUAUUUUUGUCUUUGGUGUGACUGUUGCAAAAAGCUAAACGGAGAUUUUGAAUACGAUUGGACUAUAAACAAAAAUAUAAAUAAUAUUACUCAAAAUUUUUCUAAAACGAAUGGUCAUGCAAAAAAACCUCUUUUUUCAAUGAUUGAAAUCGAUCAUUGGAUAGUAGAUGAGCUUCAUUUAUUAUUACGAAUUACAGAUCGAUUAUGGAACUUGGUUAUAGCUGAGCUCAAAACAACUAAGCAAUUUGAUUCUAAGCGAAAAAUUAUUAUAGAUGAAAUGAAGCGAAUUAAUGUUAAAUUUGAAUUUUGGCAAGAUAUAUCAAAUAAUUGGAAUUCGACAUCAUUAAUGGGGGAUGAUAAGCUUAAGGUGCUUCGCAAUUUUAAUAUUUCAGAAAUUUUUCCAAAAGAUCGGGCGCAAAUAAUUCAACAACUAUGGGAUAGUUUUGCACAAUUGUAUGACACACUAAAAGAUUCUCAGAUUACUGGUGCUGAGUUUAAACAAAAAGCUAUUAACUGGUUAAAACUAUUUUUAACUAAAUCUACAGGAAGUUUUAACUCAUCAACUUUUAUUAAAGGCUUAUAUCGUCCCAAUGACAUAACUCCUUAUAUUCAUGUGAUGGUUUAUCAUGUGGGGGAAUUUAUAGACUUGCAUCGAAAAUUUGGAAUGGUUGGAUUUUCUUGUUCUGCCGUAGAAAAGAAAAACCACCAACAAGUAUCAUAUUUUUUUCGGAAAACUUUGAAGGAUGGAGGAUCGGAAGGAGUUAAAAAGUCAGCAAUUUUGGAAAUAUUGGAUCAUGAUAACAGAAAUCUUUAUUUCUAUAAAAAUAAUGUGCCGAUUUAUUUUGAAAAAGAGACCAGGCUAACUAUUAAAUGA